AUUUCGGUAAUACAACGGUGUUAUAAAACUACAUAAUAAAUUUAAUUCACACUCGCCAUCACGACUAUUUUAGUGUACAUAAAAUAUUAUACGAGUUGUGAAAAUAAAUUUAUCCGACUCGCAAUCAUCUUAAAUAAAAAAUUACCGCAAAACCAUAAAUAGACUACCUACUUGAUAGUAAUAAUGAAUGUUAUCGUUUUAGAAGAAAACGUCACGACCGGGUCAAAGUGUAUGGUCUACGAAUGUCCGGAGUACCACGGAUUUCUGAAUUCCAAGCAAAAUCCAUCACUAUACAAUUACUACAGCAUGUACUCGAAGCCACUGCCCAACGAGAACUACACUUGUGUUCCUGGCAUUGGGAUUUUUGACGUAGUGUCAGACCGUAUGAAUUUUUCUAACGCGAUGGAAGCGUGCGAAGAGGUUGGGGGUCACUUGGCUAAUAUUGUAUCGGAAACACGUACUUCCAUGUUGUCCGCUUUAGUAUCGUCUACUCUUACUAACUUUACCAUCAGGAAUCGUAGAGCAUAUGUAGGUCUGUUUUUCGAUGAAGACUUUGUUACUAUUAUGGGAGAGCUACUGGCUUGCUUGCCGUACAGAGCGUGGGCACCGGGACAUCCCAAGGCGAGGAAAAUAGAAAAAGACUGUGUGGUCAUUACGAGCAACAGGUAUUGGGAGACAGAAAAUUGUUCAAAAAAAUUGCCAUACGUAUGUGAACUCAUAGCUGACGGUCCGAUGACUGCAGUCGAGCGAUACUGUGCGGCGAUAAGAAAUCCCAAUGACUCUUGUAUUUCAGAACGCAGAAAAAAUUGCAUAAUACGCAAUCAAAAACAUUUUGAACAAAUCAAACAAAAAGAACAACAAUGUAAUGUUAAUGCAAACAACAACUCAAAUGAUUUGUAAACCAUAAAAGAGUGGUAACGGCAAGAUUAAUAAAAAAUAAUAACAGUUGAGAGUUAACUUUUAAACACAAAUACAAUUGUAGUUCAACACAGUUUUUAAUAAAUUAAA